GGUUUACGCCAUCCAUCUGUGCAAGCUCGAUUCAGUAUGGAGAACCACACCCCACCCUCAUCCGACCUCAAUCCCAAGACCCCAUCUCGGAUCCCUACUGUUUCUCCCCGGAAUUCAUCCAUUCAUUCACCAUCUCGGACUCUCUACACCGAUCGCUUCAUUCCCAGCCGAUCAUCCUCCAAUUUCGCCCUUCUCAACGUCUCUCUCCCUCCGCAUUCUCCCUCCUCCGAAGAUUCCACCAAUGCCUACACCGCACUCUUGAGAGCCGCACUCUUCGCUCCUGAUCGAGGCGGCAUACUGCCUCCUUUGACUCCCGAUAUUUCCUCACGCCAUCUGCUCACCCCCCCUCCCAAUCGCAAUAUUUUCCGAUACAAAACCGAGACUCGCAAAUCCUCCAAUUCUUUGUUCCCUUUCGUCUUUGAUGAUCACUUACCAGGUUUUAAUCAUAGUCCUGUCAAGGAUCCCAGGAAGGUGCCCAGAUCUCCUUUCAAGGUAUUGGAUGCGCCAGCUUUGCAAGAUGAUUUUUAUCUAAACCUUGUGGAUUGGUCUUCAAAUAAUGUUUUAGCUGUUGGAUUGGGGAGCUCUGUAUAUCUAUGGAACGCUUCUAGUAGCAAGGUAGUAAACCUGUGUGACUUGGGAAUUGAUGACAGUGUUAGCUCAGUUGGAUGGGCUCAACGUGGCACACAUCUUGCCAUUGGAACUAACAACGGACAACUUCAGAUAUGGGAUGCUUCUCGGUGUAAGAGAAUAAGAACCCUGGAAGGACACCGAUUACGAGUUGGUGCUCUAGCUUGGAGUUCGUCUGUUUUGUCUUCAGGAAGCCGUGACAAGAGCAUUCUUCACCGUGAUUUACGUGCUCAGGAAGAUUAUAUCAGUAAGCUAAGUGGUCACAAGUCAGAGGUCUGUGGAUUGAAGUGGUCACAUGACAACCGGGAAUUGGCAUCAGGUGGAAAUGAUAACAGACUUCUUGUAUGGAACAACCACUCAACACAACCUGUACUGAAAUAUUGUGAGCACACUGCUGCUGUGAAGGCAAUUGCAUGGUCACCCCAUCUUCAUGGUCUUCUUGCUUCUGGUGGUGGAACUGCUGACCGAUGCAUUCGAUUUUGGAAUACUUCCACGAAUACUCACUUAAAUUGCAUGGACACUGGUAGCCAGGUAUGCAAUCUCGCAUGGUCUAAGAAUGUGAAUGAGCUGGUCAGCACACAUGGGUACUCCCAGAACCAAAUUAUUGUUUGGAGAUAUCCUACCAUGUCAAAGAUAGCAACUCUGACAGGGCACACGUAUAGGGUCCUUUACCUUGCCAUAUCACCCGAUGGCCAAACAAUUGUGACUGGAGCAGGAGAUGAAACACUUCGCUUCUGGAAUGUGUUCCCUUCUCCUAGAUCUCAGAACACAGAGGGUGAAAUUGGCUCAUCUUGCCUGGGCAGAACCCAGAUCCGGUGAAAAUUGUCUCAACUUAAUUUUCCACAUUACCACUUUUAUGGAGAAAUUCUUUUACAAGGCAUUGAGGCA